AUGGCGACAACGAACGCCUCCACGAAGCCUUCCCAAAUCGUGUUCUGGUCUCUGCCAAGAAGUGGCUGCCACAUGUUGGAGAAAGUGGUCUUUUCCAAGCAAGAGAAUUUGAAGUGGUUGUGGCAUCCGCAUGAACCACCUAUUUAUCCCCAGUUCAGGUGGCUGUCCGGCGAAGACAUUGAAAACGAGUCAAAUCCCGACCGAAUGGAAUUCGACACAAAGUCUGCAGAAUCAAACGAGAAGUGGCAAGCCACUCUAAAAGAUGCUCAAAAUGCAAAUCAAACACUGUACAUGCACGAACACGCUCUAUGCACAAUAUCAUCAGAACGAGUCCUCGAAGUCGUCAAGACGCCGAAGUCUUCAGAAAGACGAGACCAUAAGCACAACUUCACAACCGUCUCUGAUGAAGUCCUACUACACCCCGGGACGAUCCCGCUCAUCACAAUCCGCCACCCGGUCCUCUACGUUCCCUCGAACUACCGCGCCACCAACUCACUCUACACUGGCUGCAAACGAAGCAACUGGAUCGUAAACACCAGCCUGGCAUUCAACCGGGACCUGUACGACUACUACGUGGCCCACGGCAUCGAACCCGUCGUUGCCGACUCGGACGACUACAUGUCCAGUGAGUCGUUCGCCCGGCAUCUGACCGGCAAGCUGGGACUGGAUCCAGCGAAGGCAAUCGUAUCCUGGCCCAAAGCGACGGAGAAUGAGAAACAGGAAAUGCAUCCAAUGCUCCUCCAAGUGCAGGCUACGCUGGUGGACUCUGGAGGGAUCAGGCCCAAUCGUGCGUCGAAGAAUCUCGAUUUGGAUGCCGAGAGGGAGAAAUGGAAGAAGGAGUUCAACGCGGACGAGCUUGCGCUAAUGGAGGAGCUGGUGGAUAUUGCUAUGCCGCAUUACGAGUAUCUGAGGGAGAGGCGACUGCGAGUAUGA